CCUGUGUAGUUAAUAAUUAAAACAUUCUUUAUCGAGUAACAAUGCUAUAAACAGUGAAUUUUAUAUAAAAAUAUGUGGCUAGAACAUGAUAUGUGACGUGUUCAGAUUGAUUUUAAAGAAGAAGUUUAUGGUUUUGUUUCUUAAAUUUGAUUCAAGUUAUCAAAUUGAUAUUGAUAGUCCGCCCAGAGCGCCCAAUGAAAAUAGAAAGGACUUUCUCUUUCUACCUCAAAAAGUGUCAACAUUAUGGCAUAUAAAGCAAGAUUAAAAGAAUUCGAUGAUAUUCUUCAACAAAAUGUGAUAGAUAUAGAAGCAUUAAAGACACUAUCAUUUCAUGGUAUACCUGACGAUCAAGGAAAAAGACCCUUGUGUUGGAAACUGCUGUUAAACUACUUACCACCAGAACAAAGCGACUGGGAAUCAUGUCUUCAAGAAAAAAGAGAUCUCUACAAACAAUUCAUAAAGGAAAUGAUAGUCAUGCCAGGAGGAAAAGAAAUAAAUGGGGAUGUCACCUUAGGAGACCACCCAUUGAACAUAAAUCCCGAUAGCGAAUGGCAAACGUUUUUUAAAGACAAUGAAGUGUUGCUCCAAAUAGAUAAAGACGUUAGAAGACUGUGCCCUGAUAUAUCAUUCUUUCAACAACCAACCGAAUAUCCUUGUAAAGAAAUAGUCAAUAUGAAUGACGUCAAAAGACUGCAUACAAGAGUACAAAGAAGUGUUCUCAAAUGUGCCAAUGUUGAAAGAAAAGGCCUAGGAAUCACAAAGAUCGCACUAUUAUCUAAAAAGGCUAAUGAAGACUACGCUCCGAUGACAGAAGGCAAAGAAGCUCACUGGGAAGUUGUAGAAAGAAUAUUAUUUUUAUACGCCAAACUGAACCCCGGCCAAGGUUAUGUUCAGGGAAUGAACGAAAUUGUAGGACCGAUAUAUUUUUCAUUUGCUUUGGACAGCGACAUAUCAUUUAGAGAACACGCAGAAGCGGACUGUUUCUUCUGUUUUACCAAUUUAAUGUCUGAAAUUAGAGACUUUUUUAUAAAAAGUUUAGAUGAAUCUGAUAAAGGUAUCAAUGGAAUGAUGAAUAGACUAUUAAACCAAUUAAAGACUAGCGACCUAGACGUAUGGCUCAAAUUCCAGCAAUUAGACUUAAAACCUCAAUAUUAUAGUUUCAGGUGGAUCACACUAUUGCUCUCUCAAGAAUUUCCUCUACCUGAUGUACUUAGGAUAUGGGAUUCAUUAUUCUCAGAUAAAAAAAGAUUUAAUUUUUUAAUCUUUGUCUGCUGUGCAAUGAUCGUCAUUCUGAGGAACCAAUUAUUAGAUGGCGAUUUUCCGUCCAACCUGAAACUACUCCAAAACUUUCCACCAAUGGAUGUACAAAUUAUUCUAUCAAGAGCUGUUGAAUUAUCGCAACAAAGAUACUUUAAACUCAAUACUCCACAUUAGAAAGAUAUUACUCGUUUAUCUAAUCUCAUUUUUUAUAUAAGUUUUCUAUUAAUUAUAGAAUUAUAAAUAAAUUUAUUCAUAUACA